AUGAAGAACGACCCGGACGAUGAGGAUGAGGCGGUAGUCUGCACCCUUGCAAUCCGCUUUGGAUGUCAGUUGGAAGAUGUCAAGCAUGCAUACACCACCGCGUCGAGGAAUGUCUGCACAGUCCUACGGCGGCAGUACUUCAAUACCGUUCACGCCACACCAGAACGGCCUCUAUGCCGAUUACUCUCAGAAGACGCACUUAUUAAAACCCUUGGCUCGUUACCAUUAGAAGUUGGGUUAAUGACUCUCGCUCGGAUAUAUGACGAGUGCCAUGUGGCUUUGUGCAAGACGUUUGCAGCAGCCCGAAGAGCAAGGCCACAUCAUGAACACUUCAGACGCAAUCCUUGUGUAGAUCUCCAGCCGCUGCAUGAUCGUCUCCGUCAGCACAGCGACUCUGUGCACAAUCAAGUGAUCCUCGAAACCACCUCAAGUGAGGAAAUUCCCAUGAGAGCGGUAUGGAGACCCAUGCUCCCCAUGUGUUUUGACAAAUUACCUAGACUUCGGUCUCUUUCCAGUUCAUUGCCCGGAGAGAACUCCCCCGGUCACGAAUACGCUGGUGUUGGAGGUGGAGGCGGCUCCGAUAUCAUCAGUGCAAGCUUGCUCGGCCAUCUGUUGAAACGACAUCAUAAACGGAUGGAGUUGCUGAUAUCGACUCGUACUUGGGCGACAGGGUCACAAGGGAAAAAAGGGUCCAAGCUAGGAAUCAAGCGAGAAGUGUAUCAGCAUGACGGACCGGCAGCUGGAGCAGAUGGACGACCUGUGCCUGGGACAUUCCGUGUCAAAAGUGACACCUACGCAGAAGGACGCGAUCUCGAGGCCAUUCCACUGCAAUAUCACGAAAAGAUUUUCAUGGUACUUGAUCAAGGAGAGUCAACACCUGACAUUGCCGAGAAGGAGAGAGCAGAGUUGAAGGAACAAUUUGCAGCCGUCCUCCGCCAGGCUUCUCGCCCAAUUGAAACCGUCCUCGUUGUCGAUACGGGCGGUGAUGUGUUCGGCGCUGAUGAAGCUGGAGAGACAACGCCAGACCAGGACUUUAGGGUCCAAAAAGCCAUGGCAGCUCAAUCUUCAAAAUACAAUCUCGUCACCGCCGUGGUAGCACCCGGGGUCGAUGCUCCGGAGGAUGCGCCUAUGAAAGCGUUGAGCGCGGGCGGCAAGGUCUACAAACCAACAACAGAAGAGCAGGCCAUGCUUCUCGACCUCUUGGUCAACAAGUACAAAAUGGACGGGUCUGAUCCGAGUAGAUUUGGCAAAACUAUAUUGGCUCUACAAGCCCGACUGAGGGGCGUUAUUGGCUGGACCUCCCUUGACCUUCCAGCGUACGUCGUUGAUACCUGGGACAAUCCCUGGAAUAGCUUUGUCUACAUCAGGGAGUGCAUGAGCGACAUUAUAUUAAUGCCGACCAUCAAGCUGCUUCCUCUGAUUGAGCCUAAGAAAACGGGCUCGGCUGGUUGAAGCCAUGGUGGAAAAUUUGACUUGAUACUAUUGGUGACUCCGAUGAUAGACCGAAUAUGUCAGCUCACUGCUGCUCGCAGGGCGCAUAUAACAACAAUGUCAAACAUU